AUGUGCCGUUGUCUGUUGUCCAAUCGUCAGUUAGUGGCCACUGUUGGCCGCACUUAUGACGUUUUACGCAGUCAUCAUCGCCUCCAACGGUUCUACUCGAACAGAAACGUGUUGAAAUUAUACGAACGACAAAUCAUACAAAACAUGUUUCCCGAUAAUUCUAGCAAUGAAAUAAUUGAUUUAUUGACAAAGAGAAACCAAUGUGUUUAUGCUGGAUUCGACCCGACAGCGGACAGUUUACAUAUAGGAAACUUACUAGUCAUUAUAAACCUAUUACAUUGGCAGCGUGCCAACCAUAAAGUUAUUGCAUUAAUUGGUGGAGCUACAGCCCAAAUAGGUGAUCCAAGUGGAAAAUCAAAGGAUCGAGAUAAACAGUCUUCGCAGAUGUUAUCUCAUAACAUUAAAGGCAUUACCCACAGCUUACAAUCCAUAUUUGACAAUCAUGCAAAAUACUUAUGGAAACAAAAAGAUCCUCUACCAGAGCCAAUAAUAAUUAAUAACAUGGAAUGGUAUGAAGGUAUUGGUGUCAUUGACUUCAUGAACAAUAUUGGCCGACAUUUCAGGAUGGGUACCAUGUUGUCUAGGGACAGUGUUAAGUCUCGUCUAUCUGGUAGUGGGAUGAGUUUUACAGAGUUUACUUACCAGACUUUUCAAGCUUAUGAUUGGCUACAUUUGUUUAAAAAAUACAAAUGUUUAUUUCAAAUAGGAGGAAAUGAUCAAAUGGGUAACAUUAUGUCUGGUCAAGAACUAAUUAGUCGACAAGAAAAUGCUAAAGUUUAUGGACUUACAGUACCCCUAAUAACCACAGACUCUGGGGAUAAGUAUGGUAAAUCGGCUCAAAAUGCUAUAUGGCUGAACUCAGAUCGAACAUCACCUUUUGAACUAUACCAGUUUAUGAUACGCACAGUAGAUGCUGAUGUAGAAAAAUUGUUAAAAAUGUUUACAUUCCUUUCACUACCUGAAAUAGCUGAACUGAUGAGAAGACACAAAGCUACUCCUGAUAAACGAAUUCCUCAUGAAUCAUUGGCACGUCAAGUUACCACUUUGGUGCACGGAGAAGAGGGUCUUCAAGAAGCAUUAGUAGCAACAUCGGCAUUAUAUGACAACAGCAUUGAGACCCUUAGUACAUUGAGUGUUAAUGAUAUUUUAAAAAUAUUUAAUGGUGCAACUGUUGUUGAACUAAUGCUUGAACCUGGUAUCACUGUACUGAAAAUGGCAAUGAAUGCAAAAUGUUUUUUGACCGAUAGGGAUGCAUAUCGAAUAAUUUCAGCUGGUGGAUUUUAUAUUAACCAUCAAAGAAUAACCAAUAUAGAUGAAAUUGUAACUUUGUCCAUACACAUUUUACCUAAUAAUAUUUCUUUAGUGAGAGUUGGUAAACGGAACUAUUGGAUUGUCAAGUGGAUAAUGUAA